UCUCCCUUUUUUGCUUCUCUUGUCAUUCGCUCGCUGCCUUCUUUUUUGCUCGCAGCUCACCGAGGCAGCAGUGAUGGCAUGCACGACUGCUUUGCCACUUCAGCAGCUCAUUGCUUCGUUGGACAACACUUGUCUGCCAAAAAUUCUACAAGUUUGCUCUGGAGUGUAUUUCCAAGGGUCUAUAUAUGAACUUUCUGGGAGUGAAGUGUGCUUUUCUACCGGGGAUCUAAUAAAAGUCAUUGACAUUGAGCCCUUAUCAGUUUGCUGUGAAGACAUCAGCAACAAUGAGAAGUUUGAGCUCCCCAUCAACCACACAGGCUUGUUCAAAGUUGUUCCGGAGGAGAUGCCGUACAGUUCAGUGGAGGAGAUGUUGAGCCUGAGGCCUGUGGGCCUUGAAUCCUGCCUUCCCUUCACUUUCACCUGCAGCUCCAAGAUGACCCUAGGAAACUUCACACUGGGGGCCGGGAGAGCUCUGACAGUGCUCUCCAUUGAGCAGCAGGGGGGCACGGAGGAUCAGGUCCGCUGCCAUGUUCAAGGGCAACAGGAAGCCUCCGCAGAAGUGUGUAUCCCCCUCUCUGUCCAAGGGGAGUUCAGGGAGUGUGAGAGCAAGGAGUGCUUCACUGUGCAGGAGAUCAUGGCUUCACCGUGCCUGAGAAGUCGAAAGUUUCGUUUCAUCAACGCCAACAAGUGUGAACAGCCACUUAUCUUCACUCCGAUAUAUCAAGUCCACGCCAUCAUGAACAUGAGGAAGAAUGUGUUGAAGUUUCCUUCCAGCUUAGAAGUGGAUGUGGUCGACGUCACCGAGCUGAGUUUGGAUGUGAACUUUGUGACUCCGCUCACUCUCACAGAAGUCCUAUCCCAGCCACCUGAAUCUUUCCCUGUAGUGGUGGAGAUAUUGGAAAGCCCUGAUAACAUCUCUCUGUUCAAGAGCAGCUGGCUGCCAGAGCUCACCCGGCGUAAGAGCCUGGUUUUCCACAAGACAGGAACCUCAGCCUUUGUUUUAUUAUCCAGCAUGAAAAGCCGAAAGAUGCAGCAGUACUUUUUGGUUUCUCAGCAAUAUGGCGGACGAUUAAGGAGAAGGCCGAGGGAGUUUGAGUCUGUGUACCAGCUUUACGUUGCUUCGAUCCAGGCCCCGGGUCUGAAAGUCAGUGUGACAAGGAACUGUGACGAGGUGGAGGAGGAGGGGCUGCCUUCUCUCAGUGUGGGAGAACAGCUGGAGGUCGUCCGCUGCGAGAGGAUGGAGCUGCCUGCUGAAAACAAGGGACAGAAGCAGUCAGUUGAGGCUCUUCUGUGCCUGCGCCUUCCAGAGCCAGAUGACGACGAUGAGGAUGAUGAAGAGAACGUCAAGCAGGAGGACGAGAGAGAGGAGGUUUUUCUGCCUCUGUACAUGCAGGGUCACUUUGUGGAAGUGCUCGCUGAAAAUAAGAAGUACAAACUCAGGGACCUGGGGAAGGAGUUUAGUUUGCCGCUGGAUGUCAAGGUGGUGAGCCGUGACACUGAACUUGAGACCGAUCCGCUAGUUGGGUUUCAAUGUCUCCGAAUAGAGGGGGCUAUGUUAGAGCCCGUCAUCCAGGUCAGCCUUCUAGACAGGCCGGACCACUGUUUUGAAAUCCCAACCAAGUGGCUUAAUAUGUCUGUCUAUUUUACCAAAGAUCCCCUUCCAUGGCCCCGCGGUCAACCACCCGAAUGCAGUGUGGAUAGAGUUACAGAGGUGACGGACAGGUUCUUUUAUGAAUUUCAAAAACGGGGGGGCUCAGAUGCAGCACCUCCACCUCGACCACCAAAGCGGAAUCUGUCUUCUUCAGAGGCCUGCAAAAAAACGAAACCGUCUAAGAAGUCAUCCAAGGCCGACAAAGCCAAACAUCGACCAGACAAAAGCAUCCCGUCCAAAGAGUUUGCUGAUUUGACUUUGAAUAGCAAAAGAAGGCCCCCAGCUCCCCCGCCUCCAGCUCUCUCAGACGAUCAACCUCCUCCAAUCGCACGCCGAAAGCACUCUGGGCCUGAAAUGACAACAGCCAAGGCGCUGCCAAACACUUACGUGCAAAGGGAGGAGGCGAAGCGAAACGUGCUGCUGUGUGCCGUGGAAGCAGACGUGGAAGCAGACGUGGACAGCGACCACGACUAUGAAACCGUGGACGAGUCUUUGAUAGAAAUGAUGAAGACGGCACAGGAGAGCAUCAUAUUCUUCUAACACAUUGUGUCAAACUGCAUCAGCCAAGUAGCCUAUCUCAUCGGUACAGUGAGAAAAUAAUUCAGGAACAUUUUAUAUUGCAGUUUUUUAAGCUUUUCUAUGUUGAGUAAUGUUAUUCUUACAUACCAAGGCAUCGUUUUAUGUUGAGACUCUACAGUCUGACCGAGCAAACUAUACAUGGAAUCCUAAAUAUUGUUGUAAAAAUAAUGGUUUGAAUGUCGUGUGUGUAAUUAUUUUUAAGGGUUUUGUUAAGCCUUGAUAUUUAAGUUUACAUUUAUCAGCCUAACUGCACAUGUGAGCACAUCAUUCUUUUGCAUGUUGAUAUCUGUAGAGGUUUUGAUGACUGGAAACAAAGUAGAGAACAGUUUUUAAUGCACUGGUGACUUGGUUAAACUGGAAGGACACAAGCUUCUCGUGGUCAUCUUUGGUCUACAUUCAUUAACCGUUUAUCUCUCUCUGCUCGAGUCACACCAUUGUCUUUUUUUAGGCAUUAGACCGCUGUAGCUGUGCAAUGUACUUCACACAGAAGCUUCUGCUGUACUAUUUAUGGCUGUGUUAUUUGUGAAAUAUGACGGGUGUAGGCUUUGCACAUGGAUAUAUUUUUGUUAAGAAGACGAAGUAGAGUUAAAAAUUACCUGAGAUGAAUAAAAAAAAAAAAGGCACUUGUAUGAACGUCAAA